UAUGCGUGGAGGACGAUCAUGGGAACCUGCCCGGAGGAGGAGUACUGGGACCCCCUCCUGCGCUGCUGCGUCCCCUGCAGAUCCACAUGUAACAGACCCAAUCCCAAGAGCUGUGCCACCUUCUGCGAAUCUCUCAAGUGCCACAGACAACAAGGGGUCUACUAUGACACGCUCUUGAGACAGUGCAUCAAAUGCUCGGCCACCUGUGGACAACACCCGUUGCAGUGCGCCCCUUUCUGUCAGAACACCCCAACAGGACAGAAGAGAGCCAGAUGGUCCCAUGAGCUUCCAGCCAACUUUGUGGCCCCAUCUUCUCUUGAACAGAAGCUGAGAGGGGAGGCGAGCCAGUUGGUGCUGGUCUACAGCAUCCUGGGGCUCUGCCUGUGCGCUGUCGUCUGCUGCUUCCUCAUCAUGGUCACUUGCUUCCUCAAGAGGAAGGGCGGUGAGCUCUCCUGCCAGCCGCCCUCGGUCAAAUGCCACACCAGGGGGGGAUCUUCUAAGGAUCACCUAAUGGAAGCGGGAAGCGACAAAGCUGGAUCUGGGGAAGGCAGGUCUCCGGAGCCUAUCGAAACCUGUAGUUUUUGCUUCCCGGAACAGAGACCCGCCAAGGAGAGUGUGGCCAAUAACGGGACCUUCCAUCCACAAGGAAAGAGGGCUGCUGCCAAUGGUGUUGGAGUGGCUGGGACAGUGUCCAGCCUCCAGGAUGGCUGCUUAAAAAUCAUAUGCUCACCCUCUCAAGAGAAGAUGCCCACAACAUGAAACCCCGGAGGGAGAGCUGGACUGUUGGUUCCUACAGCUGUAAGCACCCUGGGUUUAGUCUCUCUUCCUGUUCUUAACCAUUCUUCCUUGCCUCAGAAAAAGAAGAGUCAGGUUUUGCUGCCUGAAAAGCAAACACCA